GCCUCCUCACUGCCAGCUCGGACACACGCCUGUGUUAUUGCAAUCGACUAACUUCGCAAUGGCUCGCGUCAAGUUUGCAAAGAACAAGGCCUAUAGCAAGCGCUACCAGACUAAGUGGCGCCGUCGCCGCGAGGGAAAGACAGAUUACCAAGCCCGUCGUCGCCUGGUAACUCAGGAUAAGCGGAAGUACAACUCCCCGCGCUACCGACUCGUUGUUCGUUUCACCAACAAGGACAUCAUCUGCCAGGUUGUUGCCGCUCGUAUCCAGGGUGACGAGAUUCUCACCUCCGCCUAUGCCCACGAGCUUCCUCGCUAUGGUAUCAAGCACGGCCUCACCAACUUCGCCGCGGCUUACUGCGUGGGUCUUCUCUGCGCUCGUCGUCAUCUCUCUAAGCUCGGUCUCGAUGAGCUCUACAAGGGUGUCGAAGAGGUAAGCGGUGAGAUGUACGAGAUUGAGGAGGACGAUGAGAAGCGCCCGUUUACUGCCCUUUUGGAUAUCGGCCUUACUCGCACUACCACUGGUAAGAAGGUGUUCGCCACGAUGAAAGGCGCCGUGGACGGUGGUAUGAACAUUCCUCACAACGAGAAGCGGUUCCCGGCCUACACGAAGGAGGAAGGCUUUGACCCUGAAGAGUUGAAGAGUCGCAUUCUCGGUGUUCACGUGUCUGAGUACAUGAACUACCUUCUCGAAGAAGAUGAGGAUGCCUACAAGAGGCAGUUUGCCAAGUACAUUGCGGACGGGAUUCAACCCGAUGAUAUUGAGGACUUGUACGUCGAGGCUCACCAAAAAAUUCGCGCUGACCCUUCUUUCAAGAAGAAGGAGAAGUCUGAUGGCCCGCACAAUGAUAAGUGGCGCAUGGUGAAAUUGACCUAUGAUCAGCGCAAGCAGGCUGUGAAGGAUAAGCUCGCUGCCCAUCUCACUGCUCAAAUGGCAGCUGCCGCCGAAUAAACAUCGUCUGUUGGACGUCAUUUCGCAAUGGGUUUCGGUUUUUGUCAUUUCUGAGCCUUUGUCCUGUACUCGCCAGUACAACUCUGUACGAACCAUACAGGCAGCUUCAUCAUGGCGAUGCUCUCUGUAGGCCAGAUUCAUAGUUGAGGCAAUUGACGGACAGGCGCGUGGGGUCUGAUGACACGAAACGGGUGUGAGAAUAUCAUAGGGUUCUUUCUUCCGAACCAGAGGUCGUUUAAGGCAAAGAGGACAUCUCAGACAAAAAUGUCAAUACGACUAAACUUUACAAUGUGUA